AUGGGUAUCAAACAGCUUUUCCAGAUCAUCAAGGAGGAAGCUCCCGAUGCCAUCAAGGAAGGCGAAAUCAAGCAACAUUUCGGUCGCAAAGUUGCCAUCGAUGCGUCGAUGAGCAUCUACAGCUUCCUCAUCGCUGUUCGGUCCGACGGGCAGCAACUCAUGAACGACACGGGCGAGACGACAUCGCACCUGAUGGGCAUGUUCUACCGGACGCUGCGGAUGGUGGACAACGGAAUCAAGCCGCUGUACGUGUUCGACGGGGCGCCGCCUAAGCUCAAGUCGGGCGAGCUGGCCAAGCGCUUCCAGCGCAAGCAGACGGCGCAGGAGGGCCUGGAGGAGGCCAAGGAGACGGGCACGGCUGAGGAUGUGGAGAAGUUCUCGCGGCGCACUGUUCGGGUCACGCGCGAGCACAACGCAGAGUGCCAGCGGCUGCUCAAGCUGAUGGGAAUCCCGUACAUUGUCGCGCCGACCGAGGCCGAGGCGCAGUGCGCGGUGCUGGCCAAGGCCGACAAGGUGUACGCGGCGGCAAGCGAGGACAUGGACACGCUGUGCUUUGAUUCGCCGAUCCUGCUGAGACACCUGACGUUUAGCGAGCAGCGCAAGGAGCCCAUCCAGGAGAUUCACCUGGACAAGGUUCUCGAGGGGCUGAACAUGGAGAGAAAACAGUUUGUCGACCUCUGUAUCCUCCUCGGCUGCGAUUACCUCGACCCUAUCCCGAAAGUCGGCCCCACGACGGCCCUCAAGCUCAUUCGCGAGCACGGCAGCCUGGAAAAGGUGGUCGAGGCGAUGAACAACGACUCCAAGAAAAAGUACACGAUCCCCGAGGACUGGCCGUUCGAGGACGCGCGGGACCUCUUCUUCUCGCCGGACGUGCGGCCGGCGGACGACCCGCUGUGCGACGUGCGGUGGGAGAAGCCGGACAUGGAGGGGCUGGUGCAGUUCCUGGUGACGGAGAAGGGCUUCUCGGAGGACCGGGUGCGCAGCGGCGGGGCGCGGCUGGAGAAGAACCUGAAGAGCUCGCAGCAGGCGCGGCUGGAGGGCUUCUUCAAGGUGGUGCCCAAGACGGAGGCGGAGCGGGCGGCGCACAAGCGCAAGCUGGAGGAGAAGAACGAGGAGAAGAAGAAGAAGCUGAAGCAGGAGAAGAAGGACAAGGCGGCGAGCAAGGGGAAGCCGCGAGGGGCUUGA